UCGUAAGCAAUAAUAAUUUCGGCAAGCAGUGAGGCCUGGAACCUGCUGCAUCGUUUUUGAUACGCUUCGCUUUGCUCUAGGAGCUUUUACGAUAUGUCCACCGCAACAUGUAGCUAAAGUGACCAUGCACAUCGGCUGUUAGUGACCCGAAAUGGAUUUGGUCGAGGCAUUCGGGGCUCGCAACACCGGGCCUGGGUAUGGCGCCGAGGUCAUAGAGCGGCUGGAGAGCGGAGCAUCGGGUGACCUGGUCAUUAUAGAUGCGCCAUCCAAUGGAGCUGGGGGCAGCGAGGCUCCGCAGCUGUUCAUCGACACGGCCAUCCGCCAGGCCUCCAGGGGCCGCGGUGCCGUGACGUGCGUGACGGCCUCCAACGACGUGGUGCUUGUGGCCACAGCACGCGGCUACCUGCUGCGCUACAGCUGGGAUGAGAACGGCAACGAGCGGGUUGCGGAGGUGGAGGUGGUGCCGGCCAAGCAGCAGGCCGACCACCGCAUCGCACACCUGUUCAUGGACCCAUGGGCCAACCAUGUGCUCAUAGCCGUGCGGGCCGGAGGAGGAGCAGGCGGAGGAGGAGGAGGAGGAGGAGGUGGAGGGGGCGGGGGAGGCGGGGGAGGUGGAGGCGGCGGCGGCGGCACGGCGGAGGUGCAUUACGUGCACAGGCGCUGGCCUCGCGCCCGGCUGCUGUCGGAGUUCAAGGGACACUCGGCGCUGACGGCCGUGGGUUGGUGCAUGCAGCAGGGCGAUGACUCGGCGCCGCCGGCACCGGCGGGCGGCAGUCGCGGGCCGGCGUCCGUGGCGGGCAGCGCGGCGGGCGAGAGCUGCACGGGGGUCAUCCUGCUUGGCACGGAGGCGGGCUCCCUACUGGAGGCGGCGCUGGACGAGCGGACCAAGCCCGGGCGGGAGGCGCCGCCGCGGACACUUAUCGAGGCACCGGGCGCGGCGGCAGCAGCGGGCGGCGGCGGAGGCGGAGGCGGAGGCAAGGACCGCCGAGGUGCGGCCGGCGGCGGCGCGGCCGGCGGCGGCGCGGGCUCUGCCGCCGGCGCCGCCGCCUUCACCAGCCUGUACCAGAUCGCCAUGCCGUCCGGCCGCCACGGCCUGUUGGCUGCUACUCCCUCCCACCUCCGCAUCUGGGUCGCACCCUCCACCUCCGCCACCUCCUCCUCCGCUGCCUCCUCGCCUUGGCAAGCGCUCUUCCUGCAAGGCCACGCCGGCAGCGUGCGCGGCGGCUCCGCCGCCGCAGGCGGCGGCGGCGGCGGCGGGCCGCCGCCGCCACUCGCCGUACUUGAGGCUGUAGCUCCGUCUCCGUACAGUCAGCUACAGCUGUACUGGCCGAUCGACAUCUCGGAGCUUCCCUCCAGGUUUGCCUGGCUGGUGGGCGGGGUGGUGUAUCACGGCGACCUGGAUUGGGAGGCGGCGGCGGCGGCCGCGGAGGCGGCCGAGGCGGCGGCGGCGAACGGCGCCGGCCCGGCGGCGGCGGCGGCGGCCGCGGCAGUAGCGGGCGGCGCAGACGCGCUGUCGGGGGUCGUGAGCUUGCCGCUGGAGGGCGCGGGCGCCGGAGACGACGCCGGCUCCGCCCGCUCGCUGGUGGUGACGGAGUACCACCUGCUGCUGCUGGCGGGCGAUCGGUUGAGGGCCGUGAACCGAGUCAGUGGUCGCACCGUGGCGGCGCGGGCGUUCAGGAGCCCCAUCACACGCAGCCUGACGGGGGAGCACGCGCGGGAGAUUGACGGCCUGGUGCGCGACCCUGUGUCCGGCACUGCCUACAUGGCGUCCGACGAGGCACUGUAUGAGGUGGCGCUCACACACGAGGCGGCGGGCAUGUGGCGCGUGUACUUGGAGCUGCAGGACUGGGACGCUGCGCUGCGCUGCUGCUCCGGCCCCGCACAGCGAGACGAGGUGCAUCGGGCGCGGGCGGAGGCGGCGGUGGCGGCGAGUGACUGGCGCACCGCGGCCGUGAACUUCGCCAAGGUGUCGGACGGGCGGCCGCCGUUUGAGGACGUGGCGCUGAUGCUGGCGGACUGCGGCGACACGGCCGCGCUGCCCGCCUUCCUCACCACACGCCUCGCCACACUGGCUGCCAUAGCCGGAGCCGGAGGCGCCGGCAGCGCCGUGGUGCAGGGCGCCUUUGGCGGCCGACCCGCGCCGCCCCUGCCCCUGCCCCUGCCCUCCCCCUCCGCUAGCACCAGCGGCGCAGCCGCCCCCGCCUCCGCCUCCACGCUAGCGCUGCUCUCGCCACAAACGAGCGCGCUGCUUGCGGGCGGCGCCGCGCUCGGCGGCGGCGCCGCCGCCGGGGGGGCGGCCGGGGGUGUCGGCAGCAACCCGCACGGUCCUGAGCGGGCCCAGUGCACGCUGCUUGCGGCCUGGCUGACGGAGCUGCACCUGGACGCCAUCAACAGAGCCCUGCUGGAGGCGGGCGGCGAGUCGGGCGAGGCGUAUCUGGCGGCGGCGGCGGCUCUGAGGGCGCACCUCAGCGACUGGGUGCACGUCAUGGACCCAGGCACCACGGUGUCUCUGCUGUCCAGCUAUGGGCGGCUGGAGGAGCUGCUGCAGCUGGCGCAGCUGCGGGGCGACCACGAGGGACUGGUGGAGCAGCUGUUGGCCAGGCCGCCGCCGGCGGGGGCGCUCAGGGCUCUGGCGGUGUUGCGCUCGCCUGUGGUGAGUCGCGAGCUGGUGUACCGCUUCGCGCCGGGGCUGGUGGCGGCGGCGCCGGAGGAGGCCGUGGACUUCUUCAUCGCAGAGCGGCCGCCCCUGGACCCGCGGCGGCUGCUGCCGGCGCUGCUGCGGUACGGCGACCCGGGCUCGGGGGCGCGGCAGGCGGCGGCGCGGCGGCACGUGCUGCGGUAUGUGGAGUUUGCCAUCGAGGCGCUGGGCUGUACGGACAGUGUGGUGCACAACCUGGCUGUGGCGUUGUACAGCCUGGCCCCCGGCGAGGAGGGCGAGGCCGCGCUGCUGCGCUACCUCACCCGCGGCGGCCGCUACGGCGGCGUGACGCCGCUGUACGACAGCGGCUACGCGCUGCGGCUGGCUCAGGAGUGCAGCAAGCCACGGGCGGCGGUGCGGCUCAUGUGCCAGCUGGGCAUGUACCCUGACGCGGUGCGGGCGGCCCUGGCACUGGACCUGGGACUGGCCAAGAGCCUGGCGGCCGAGCCCGACCAGGACGACGCCCUGCGGCGCAAGCUGUGGUUGCAGGUGGCCCGACACGUGGUGGAGCACGGCAGCCGCGCCGCGGCGGCGGCAGCCGCCGCAACCGCCGCAACCGCCGCCAGCGGCGCCAACGGCGCCGCCAACGGUUCUACAGCUUCUGCCAACGGUGCCGCUGCUGCUGCUAAGGGCUCCGAGAGCACUGCCGGCACUGCCGCUGCUGACGCCGCUGACGCCGCCGCCGCCGCCGACCCCACCACCAGCCACAUCCGCACCGCGGUGGAGUUCCUUCGCGAGGCCGACGGCCUGCUGCGCAUUGAGGACAUCCUGCCCUUCUUCCCGGACUUUGUCACCAUCGACAACUUCCAGGCCGCCAUCUGCGACAGCCUGGAGCGCUACGGCUCCGCCAUUGAGUCGCUCAAGUCGGACAUGGAGGAGGCCACAGCCAUUGCGGAGGCGCUGCGGGCAGACAUACGGCAGCUGGCGGCCAGGUCUGCUGUGGUGUCUCUGGGCCAGCCCUGCACGCGCUGCGGGCGGCCCAUCAGUGAGCCGGCGCCGCUCACCAGCCUGCCGCAGGGCGGCGCGCUGCCCCCCUUCUACGUGUUCCCCACCGGCUGCGCCUACCACGUGGCCUGCUGCGCCGCCGAGGUCACGGAGCUGGUGGCGCCGGCGCAGCGGAAGAGAAUCCACACGCUCAUGGCUCGUCUGUCCCGAGUGCGCCCGGGCGCCACCACCUGCCCCGCAUACGCCGGAGCGCCCGCCGCCCCCGUGGCCGAGCUGCAGGAGGCUCUGGCUGCGGAGGUGGGUCAUGAGGACCCGCGCAACGGCGAGCUGGCGGUUCGACUGCUGGAGGCGCCCUUCGUGCUGGAGGCGGCGGACCGUGCGGAGGCGGACAGCUGGGCCAUAUGAGCAGCUGGCUAGCAGCUGGCGCGGUUGAGGGGGGAAGCUAGGGGGAAAGAGUUUGGGGGACGAGUUCUGGGGGAAGGGGAGAGAGGGUUAGGGUUUUUGCAAUGCCAGUGCGAGGAGGAGGGGCGCAAGGACCAGGCAGGAGAGGAUGCAGGGUGGCCCGUGGGGUGGCCUGAAGGCAGGGCGGUGUCUGAGUCAGAGGCACAGGCUCAAGGCGUGGAGGAGUUAACAUAGAUGAAUUUGAAUUGUGUUUUGGAGAAGGCAACAUCACGACGUCGUUUGAGUCGAGCUGGGGUGUUUGAAUCGGGUAGUUGACUGUGUGGGGUUGACCCGGUCGCCAGGUGCGGCUCGCAUGAAGAGGAAUUUGUUGACAAGCGCGAGGUAAAACCAUGGGCAGGACCAAGUGGUGAAGUGGACUGUAUACGAGCUACAGGAAGGGGAACGGAAGGAAGUACAGCGGCGGCGUAGGUGCAGGCAGUGGCCGUGUCAAGCGGAGCGCGCCUUAUCGACUGAAUCCCAGUGUGACCGUGGCUUGUAGCCUGUCGCAAUAUCGCAGCAGUGUUUUACUCAUUGUCAUUGUGUAUGUGUGAUCGCGUGCGAACUCUGCGAACUAGUACGAUCCCGUCCGGGAUCCAAAGCUACCUCCAGUAAUAU